AUGAAGAUAAGAGGGAGAGAAAAGGAGGAUAGAAGAAUCACAAGAAGGGAUGAUCGUGGAGAGCGUGAAGAUGAUCGUGGUGAUAGAAAGCGUGACAGGGACCGGCCAGAACGUGAUGAUGAUCGAAGGAGAGAUAGGGAUGGAGACAGGAAGCGAGAGAGACGGGAUGAUGACAGAGACAGGGACAGGAAGAGGGAUCGCAGAGACAGAGACGAUCGACGGGGGGACAGAGACAGGAUGGGAGACAGGGACAGGGAUAGAGAUCGUGGAGAUCGGGAAGAGAGAGGGAGAAAUAUCCAGAGAGAGAGGGAGACAGAGAGAAAAGUAGAGAAAAGGAGGGAAGCAGAAGCAGAGAGAUGA